AUGCUGCUGGUGUUCGACGACAAGCAUAAGGAGGACCUCGAGUUCCUCAAGACCACAAAUGUUAGCAUAAUCACCGAAUUCUGCAAAAUCGCCGUCAACUUCAUUAAAUCGGGAGCCAACAAGAAGCUUUUUGCUGGCGCUGCUCAGGCCCUCGACGUUGAUGUCGAAACAGUGGAGCACUGCGUGGAAGGACUCGCGCACCUCUUCACCGAGAGCGCCAAGACCCGCAUUACCGAGAUCGACUUCCUCGACUCCCUCAUGCUGCUCUCUUUCCCCCAAGAGCUUACCGAGAAGCUCAAGGAGUUCUACUUCGGCAAUCACGUUGAGAUUCGAAGGGUGAUCGCAGAGCUGUCCUUCUCCAUCCCGCACUACCAAAGCCUCGAGUGGCGGCUGGAUAUCCAGGUGGGAAGCCGAACGGAGCACCGACAGAUGAAGUCCGUCUACACCCUGCAGCUGGAAACCAUGAGCGCAGAGCCGAAGGUGGAAACGCUGCAGGCCGACUACAGCAACUUGAAGCACCUCUGCACGGAGCUCGAGCUCGCCCUCAGGGAAGCCCAAGCCGCUCAGACGAGGCGCAUCAUGAGGAACAUCAAGUGA